AUGGCUUCGACCAACCCGCACCAAAGAAAACACACCUUCAUAGUCGAACACCUCGACCCCGAACUCGAAGACUGGCAAUCCCUCGAAUACAACACCAUCUCCGCCGAAUCCCUCGCCUCCAACUCUCACUUCCUCCUCUCCGGCCUCACUCCCUCUUUCGACUCCGCCUCGCAACUCAACCUCCCUUCCAGCAGCAAAACCUCGCAAACCGUGGAGUCCCUCUACCCAACCCCCGAAGAUCGACAAAAAGUUUGCUUGCUCGAUCCGAAAGCGGAGCAGGAUCUCAGCCCGGAGGAUGGAGAGAAGUUUGAUGCGUUUUUGUUUGGGGGGAUUUUGGGCGACGACCCACCACGAGACCGCACUGGCGACCUACGUAAACUUGGAUUCCCUGGCCGGAGAUUAGGUCCAGAACAGAUGACUACCGAUACUGCCGUUCGAACGACAAGGAUUGUUGUUCAAGAAGGCCUCAAACUCAGCGAAAUCAAAUACGUCGACCGUCCCGAUGUCGACAUCCUCGACGAGAACGGCAAACCGCUUCCCAACGAGAGCAUCAGCAUGCCAUUCAAGUAUGUCGCCGACAAGGACGGGAAACCGAUCAUGCCCGAGGGUAUGUACGAGUUGUUAGCGAGUGAUGCGGACAAGGGUAUCUUGGAUCUGUUAUGA